AUGCCUCGCAUUCAGACAUAUAAAGAUAGACCAGUCGUCCUUCUGACCAACGAUGAUGGCCCUCCGUGCGCUUCUUCUCCCAAUAUCUUCUCGUUCUGCAAGCUACUUCAGUCACGGCUAGGUUGGGACGUAAGGGUUGUCAUUCCGGACUGUCAGAAAUCCUGGGUCGGUAAAGCAUAUGCGAUAAGCGACGUUAUUACUGCGAGUUACUUCUACCCCCUCGAACCUGAAGGUCUUACUGGCGAGAUAACGGCUACUGCUCGACCACUGAAAGAUGGAGAGACUAUGGAAUGGAUACUGCUAUCUGGCACACCGGCAACUUGUACGAAUAUCGCUUUGCACAAUCUCUAUCCGGGUGAAAUUGACCUAGUGGUGUCUGGACCAAAUCACGGUCGAAAUUCCUCGACGGCAUUCGCUUUAUCUUCAGGAACUUUAGGCGCAGCUUUAGCUGGAGCGUUAUCGACACCCCUUCCUGGUCCAUCGACUGGUGAAUCAUCUUUACAUCUGGAUCACAUACCUUGUAUAGCAGUAUCCUACGGUGUAGUAACAAGACCUGUUACGUCAAGGGUACUAGAUCUAGCAACGGACGCAGCUGCGGAUGUGUGUGAGAAGUUAUUUAACGAUUGGGGUUGGGAUGAAGAUCACGAGAAAGGAAGACAUCUAGUUCAAGUAUAUUCAGUUAAUAUCCCCUUAGUGGAAGGUGAUUUAGAAGUUGGAACAAGAAAAACAGCUUGGACAAAUAUGUGGAGAAACUCUUAUGGAAGAUUAUUCAAAGAUACAACAUUAUCGAAAGCGAACUAUGAUCCAGGAGACAAUUCUAAUCAAAACAAACCGGCAUCUGCUUCAACGAAUCAGCCGCAAAACACAAAUAUACCGCCUGGUGACUCGACUACGUCGACAGCUGGUCCUGGAGCUCUACCGACUCCGACUCCCACAUUACCUUCAUCUCCUUCAAUCGGGGCAGACAAAGAAGCUGGUCAACUGAAAUUUCAUUUCGCACCUGACAUGAAACCACUCUUGUUCCCUCCUAUAGAAAGCUUACCUGUCGGGUCCGAUGCGUGGGCUUUCGCGAAAGGUUAUAUAAGUGUGACUCCCAUGAGAGCUCAAUUUGCUUGUCCGAUAGAAGGCAGUUAUGGAUUCGGUAAAGAUGAGAAUCAAGGAAAGGCUGCCGGGAGCCUGUGGGAUUAA